AUGCCAUCGAAAGAUGAUGAAGCAGACCUUGCAAAGGCUUACAAGGACUUAGCCGAAGCUGAAAAGAGUGCAGCUACUCUGGAGGCUCAAUUAAACUCCCUGGAACAGAAACUUGACGAUUUUCUGGCUGAGCACGACAAACCUACCGCGCGGGAAGGGCUGAUCAACAAAGACGAUACCCAACCCCCCCUGUCCACAGAUAGCAAGGAUAUCACCCAAAAUUUCAAAGAUUCGUGA